AAUUCAGCGAGCCGCAGACAGUGACUACGUUCUGAGCCACACUGGCGUAAAAGUAAAGAAAGGCGAUGCCAUUGCAAUCCCUAUUUACUCUAUGCAUCACGACCCCCAAUAUUUCAGCAAUCCAUCAGUCUUUGACCCGGAAAGGUUCAAUGACGAAAACGCCGCAUCCAUCAAGCCUUACACUUACCUCCCCUUCGGUGCUGGUCCGCGCAACUGCAUCGGCAUGCGCUUUGCUCUGCAGGCUGUAAAGCUCUCCGUGCUGCACACCAUUCGCAACGUUUGUUUGGUUCGCACUGCAAAAACAAAAGUUCCCCUGGAAUUUCACAGAAGCGCUUUCCUAACAGCGAAGGACAUCAUAGUAGGAAUAAGGAGACGAGAUGAUCAAGAUUCGCAAGUGUUUUAAAUAUUAAGCGAAUUUGAGACUGAUUUUCUGAAUGACUUAUAAAUGAAUUCCGUGAA